AUGGCGGCAGCUGAAGCAGCGACACAAUCCCAGCCGGACCGCGGCAUCCGCAUCGCCAUCGACCGCGGCGGCACCUUCACCGACUGCGUCGGCGAGCUCGCGGGCCGCGAGACCAUCAUCAAGCUGCUCUCCGAGGACCCGUCCAACUACGACGACGCGCCGCUCGAAGGCAUCCGGCGCAUCAUGUCGCACUUCCUGGGCCGCGAGAUCCCGCGCGGGGAGCCGCUCGACACAGCCAAGAUCGAAUCGAUCCGCAUGGGCACGACGGUCGCGACGAACGCGCUGCUGGAGCGCAAGGGCGAGAAGAUCGCGCUGGUCGUCACGGAAGGGUUCAGGGACUGUCUGGCGAUCGGGAACCAGAGCCGGCCCAAGAUUUUCGACCUGGCGAUCCGGAAGCCGGAUGUGUUGUACGAGACGGUCGUGGAGGUGGAGGAGCGGGUGACGUUGGAGGACUAUGCGGAGGAUCCGGCGAGGACGGUGACGGAGGUUGAGGUGAAGGCGGGGACAGCGGAGGCUGGAAAGGCGGAGGUGGUGAGGGGGACGAGCGGGGAGGCUGUGAGGAUACUGAGGAGGCCUGAGGAGGAGGGGGUGAGGAGGCAGUUGCAGGAGGUGUAUGACCAAGGGAUCCACAGCGUGGCGGUUUGUCUGAUGCAUGGGUAUACGUUUCCUGACCACGAGGCAUUGGUGGGGAGGAUCGCGAGGGAGAUUGGGUUCAAGCACAUCUCGCUCAGCCACGAGUUGAUGCCGAUGAUCAAGUUGGUCUCACGGGCUACGUCGGUCUGUGCUGACGCGUACCUCACACCGGCGAUAAAGAAAUACAUUUCCGGCUUCCAGGCUGGCUUCGAGGGUGGUUUGGGAACGAGGAGUGUGCAGAAAGAGGAAGGGGCGAGAGGUGCGAGAUGUGAGUUCAUGCAGAGUGACGGCGGCCUGGUGGACGUGGAGAACUUCACUGGAUUGAAGGCCAUUUUGUCCGGACCGGCGGGCGGCGUCGUCGGGUAUGCGAUCACGUCGUACGACGAAGAGACCAAGGUUCCUGUGAUUGGGUUCGAUAUGGGCGGUACCAGCACGGAUGUGUCGAGAUUUGGCGAGGGAAGGUAUGAGCACGUCUUCGAAACGACCACUGCUGGAGUCACCAUCCAGUCGCCGCAACUGGACAUCAACACUGUAGCGGCGGGAGGCGGCUCGAUGCUGUUCUGGAAGAACGGUUUGUUUGUCGUCGGACCGGAAUCAGCCGGAGCGCAUCCGGGCCCGGCAUGUUAUCGUAAGGGAGGCCCGGCGACCGUCACCGACGCAAACCUUUACCUAGGGCGCCUGCUGCCCGAGUUCUUCCCCAAGAUCUUUGGCGAAAACGAGGACCAGGGGCUCGACCCCGAGGCCAGCAAGAAGGUCCUUCAAGAACUGGCGGACCAGGUAAACAAGGAGACCGGCAAGAACAUGAGCGUCGACGAGGUGGCGUACGGGUUCCUGACUGUGGCCAACGAGACCAUGACGCGCCCUAUCCGGUCCAUCACGGAAGCCAAAGGCCACGACUCCUCCAAGCACCGGCUGGCAACCUUCGGUGGCGCCGGCGGGCAGCACGCCGUCGCCAUCGCCGAGGCGCUGGGCAUCAAGCAGAUCCUCAUCCACCGGUACUCUUCAGUGCUGUCGGCGUACGGGAUGGCUCUGGCCGACGUCGUCGACGAGAGGCAGGAGCCCGACUCCAAGGUGUGGGAGUUCCCCGGCAAGGCAGCCGACGAGCUAAAGAGCAAGAUGGAAAAGCUUAAAGAGAAGUCGCGCGAGGCGCUCAAGGCGCAGGGGUUCGAGGACAAGGAAAUUGUGUUUGAGGAGUACCUCAAUAUGAGGUACCGCGGGACGGAGUCUGCGCUGAUGAUUAUCAAGCCCGAGGGCAGCAAGGACGGCGACGAGUGGGACUAUGGAACGGCGUUCGUCCGCCAGCACCGCUACGAGUUCGGGUUUACCUUGGACGAGCGCGACAUCAUCGUCGACGACGUGCGUGUGAGGGGCAUCGGCAAGAGCUUCCGGCAUUCCGAGAAGACUGUGGAUCAACAGUUGAAGGUGCUUGAGCGGAAGGAUGUUGAGGUCAGCAAGGCGAUGGACCGGCAAAAGGUGUACUUCGAGGAGGGACGGCUGGAUACGCCUGUCUACAAGCUCGAGGAUCUCAGUACAGGCGAGACUAUCAAGGGGCCUGCCAUGCUGGCGGACGGAACACAAACAAUUGUAGUGACGCCGAAAGCUACGGCUCUGAUCCUCGAUACACAUGUUGUUAUUGAUAUUGAGAAGGAAGGCUCAAAGGAUGAUGGAGCUGCUAAGAAGGACGGCGAACGAGACGUCGACCCCAUUAUGCUUAGUAUCUUUGGUCAUCGUUUCAUGGCCAUCGCGGAGCAAAUGGGACGUGCCCUCCAAAAGACCAGUGUCAGUACAAAUGUCAAGGAGCGCCUCGACUUCUCCUGUGCCAUAUUUGACGCAAGUGGAGGGCUCGUGGCUAACGCGCCGCAUCUUCCCGUUCAUCUCGGCUCCAUGUCAACCUGCGUGAAGCGCCAAGCCGAGAUCUGGAAGGGUGACCUGAAAAAGGGGGACGUCAUCAUCUCUAACCACCCAUCCUACGGCGGCACCCACUUGCCAGACAUCACGCUCGUGAUGCCUGCUUUCAACGAGAAGGGCGACAAAAUCCUGUUCUACGCUGCUUCCAGGGCUCAUCACGCCGACAUUGGGGGUAUCACGGCCGGCAGCAUGCCGCCGCAUUCUAAAGAGCUCUACCAGGAAGGCGCGGCGAUUAAGAGCGAAAAGCUAGUCAGCGAAGGCCGCUUCGACGAAAAGCGCGUCACGGAGCUGUUGUACAACGAGCCCGCCCAGUACCCCGGCUGCAGCGGUACGCGCUGCUUGGCGGAUAACAUCAACGACCUCAGGGCGCAGGUCUCGGCUAAUCAGAAGGGCAUCGCUCUUAUCGAGGGGCUUAUUGAGGAGUACGGCGAGGAGACGGUGCAGUUUUACAUGGUUAACAUCCAGAACAACGCUGAGCUCUGCGUGAGAACGCUGUUGAAGCAGGUCAGCAAGCGCUUCGAGGGGCGUGAUCUGCAGGCUGUUGAUUUUAUGGAUGACGGCAGCCCCAUCAGGCUCAAGGUCACGAUUGAUGCGGAUAAGGGCGAGGCAGUUUUUGAUUUCGAGGGGACCGGACCGGAGGUGUACGGAAACGUGAACGCCCCCGAAGCCGUGACGUACAGCGCCAUUAUUUACUGCCUCAGAUGUCUCAUCUCCGAAGACAUUCCCCUGAACCAGGGUUGCCUGAAGCCGAUUAACGUCAAGAUUCCGCCCAAGUCGCUUCUCUCGCCUUCGGAUGGGGCUGCCGUGGUGGGAGGGAAUGUGCUUACGAGCCAGCGCGUCACGGAUGUCAUCUUCAAGGCCUUCCAGGCAUGUGCUGCCAGCCAGGGCGACUGCAACAACCUUACGUUUGGUUUCGGUGGUAACCUGACGGGCCAGAAGGAGGUCAAGGGCUUUGGGUACUACGAGACCAUCGCGGGUGGCAGCGGUGCUGGGCCCACGUGGGAGGGCACGAGUGGAGUACAUACACACAUGACCAACACGCGCAUCACGGACUCGGAGGUGUUUGAGAGGAGAUAUCCCGUUAUUUUGAGGGAAUUUUCACUGAGGAAGGGUAGUGGUGGAGACGGGCAGCAUCGGGGAGGUGACGGUGUUAUUAGGGAUAUUGAGUUCCGCAUCCCGGUGCAGGUGUCUAUCCUAAGUGAACGGAGGGUCUACCGGCCGUACGGUCUUGCGGGCGGAGAGGACGGCGAGGCAGGGCUGAAUGUGUGGGUUAGAAAGGUCGAGAAGGGCAGCUGGGAGAAGAGUCUCAAGAGGCUGAAGGGGGCUGGCCAACAGGACCAGGAGGAGGUGGAGUAUGAGGAGAGAAGGUUCAAUCUGGGCGCCAAGAACAGCGCGCCCAUGAAGCCUGGGGAGAGGAUCAUUGUGAACACGCCUGGCGGUGGUGGAUGGGGCAAGGUCGGGGAGGCUAAGGGAGUCAAGGCAGGAAGGGAUCAUACAGAAGCCUGGAGGAAGGGCAGCCAUGCCAAUCGGGAGGAUAUGGCUUUGCAGGUGUAG